GGGCGGGACCAGUGCGCGGCCGGGGCUGGCGGACGGCGGGGUCCGCUCGGCCGCGGGAGAUGACGGCCGCCUGCCAGGCCGAGGCCGAGGGCGCUGGCGGCGAGCCCGGCGCGGCGCGGCUGCCCUCGCGGGUGGCCCGGCUGCUGUCGGCGCUCUUCUACGGGACCUGCUCCUUCCUCAUCGUGCUGGUCAACAAGGCGCUGCUGACCACCUACGGUUUCCCGUCACCAAUUUUCCUUGGAAUUGGACAGACUGAGUCUCACCCUGUCACCCAGGCUGGAGUGCAAAAGAAAAGAGGUUCGUGUGCUUCACAGUUCUGCCGGCUGCGCAAGAAGCAUGGCGCCAGCAUCUGCAUCUGCCUGCCGAUGUUCACCGUGCUCAGGAAAUUCACCAUUCCCCUCACGUUACUUCUGGAGACCGUCAUACUCGGGAAGCAGUAUUCGCUCAACAUCAUCGUCAGUGUCUUUGCCAUCAUUCUCGGGGCUUUCAUAGCAGCUGGGUCUGACCUUGCUUUUAACUUAGAAGGCUAUAUUUUUGUAUUCCUGAAUGAUAUCUUCACAGCAGCAAAUGGAGUUUAUACCAAACAGAAAAUGGACCCAAAGGAGCUAGGGAAAUACGGAGUGCUCUUCUACAAUGCCUGCUUCAUGAUUAUUCCAACUCUUAUUAUUAGUGUCUCCACUGGAGACCUGCGACAGGCUACUGAAUUCAACCAAUGGAAGAAUGUUCUGUUUAUCCUACAGUUUCUUCUUUCCUGUUUUUUGGGGUUUCUGCUGAUGUACUCCACGGUUCUGUGCAGCUAUUACAAUUCAGCCUUGACGACAGCAGUGGUUGGAGCCAUCAAGAAUGUAUCCGUUGCCUACAUUGGGAUGUUAAUCGGUGGAGACUACAUUUUCUCUUUGUUAAACUUUGUAGGAUUAAAUAUUUGCAUGGCAGGGGGCUUGAGAUACUCCUUUUUAACACUGAGCAGCCAGUUAAAACCGAAACCUGUGGAUGAAGAAAACAUCCCUUUGGAUUUGAAGAGCUAGAGUCUGCGGCAGGAUUGGAGACUGACUUGUGACUGGGGACUGGGGGGCAUUCCCAGUGGGAAUGUGAAGCCAGAGGUUUCAGAUUCGUGACAUCCACCCCCUGGGCAAGUUUAGAGCAUCUGCAAAAUGCAGAGAGAACUACCUCAUAUGCAUGCACGAUGAGCCAAUGGCAGUCCCGAGAAAUGUACUUGGGCCACGCCUUACCGGUGGAAAGCAAAUCUUUUCAAAAUAAGCCACUGGGACUUGGUAGGUGGAGCCCCAGCUGCUCUUUGAGGGACCUGCGGGGCCUUCGUGGCAUCUCUGUGCCAUGUGCUGGCAGGAGGUUGAUGUGAUGGUGACUGUUUUCUCAUCAGCACCUUGGCUGUGAUUUGCAAGGUCCCAGCCAAAGCAAAGGGCCAGUGGUUUCAGUUUAAACAGACAUGUCUUUAUUCUAAUAAAAUUAGUUAACUGCCAGUAAUUUGUUAGCUUUGAUGAAAGCUAUGUUGGUAUCUUUUCCUAAUCAUCAAAGUAAAUAAAAAAUCAUUUCUAUGUA